UCGAACGGAGCAGAUCGGAAGUUACGGUUACGGAUUGCGGAUUACGGAACACGGGCGAAAGGAUUACGCGAAAAGGAUACGCGAUGAGGCAGCUACUAGUUUACACGUUGAUUAUGGGCUUGUUUUACUUUUCCGAAGGCAAACCAUGCCCUGAAAAGACACGUCCCCACAAAACCCGCUGCGACGCCUUCUACAAGUGCCGGGAACUGCCCUCCAACUCGCAUGUUUGGAUUCCGGUGAAGUGCAACGAGGGAUUGGUAUACGAGCCCAGUCUGGGCAGCUGCGUCCUGCCUGGCGAGGAUUGGGAGUGCAUCACGCCCAGUGAGAUGAGCUCUACCCAAUCGCCUGGCAAACCAGAUUCGGACAUAUUGAUAGUCAACGACAUGGAUGAGGCGGGAUUGCUGUUAAACGAAUCCAGCCACAAAGACGAUGGUACAGUGGAAAUUGUUCUGGGCUCCACACUGAGUAGCGAGGAGGAUGAGGAGGGGGCAAAGAGCAGGCCACAUUCGGACGACGACAUCUCCUCCAGCCACAAUUUCGACUCCAGUGGCGAUGGUGAGCUGGUGGAACUGGACUCUCCAGCUGCCCCAAAGCCUGAGAAUCGGGAGGAAAUCGCUUCGGUCAGUAUGGAGCACAGAACAGAGGUCGAAAAACUUAAAACCGAGCUCAAACAAGUGGCUGGUGUCAGCGAAAUCGCCAAGCCGGGAUCGCCCAUCGAUCCCAACUUGACUGCUCAUCUGCAGAGACUAUCCCAGCUGAUUGAUGGACUGCAGCAGACCUACCAGAAGACCGAUAAACCCCAGGCGGAAAUGCGUCCGGAUCAGUUGAAUGCCUUUCUGGCUCAUUUCGACAUUAAGAAUCGCUAUGAGAUGAUGAAUCCCAUGGAGCAGAAUACGCCAAUUACUACCAGCAGUACCACCACAGAAGCACCCAAAACUACGCCCAAAUUACCUGAACCCAAUUCGAAUAAGAGCAGGCUGCAGGAGCAUUUGAGUCACCAUCGCUUGGAACCGGAAACGAAACUAAUGCUGACCAACAGCCUGCCCUAUUCCGCGCAUGGAAGUACUGGGCAGGGAUAUGCCAACUCCCAGAUAGUGGUGAAUCGUCCCGAGGGUUCCGUGAUGUUCGCCCUGCCUUCCAGUUACGGAAUGAGUCAGGAACAGGGUGCCUACUCAAAUCAUCAUCCGGUUCAAAGUCACGAGUACAGCGACCAUGAACCCAAGAUAUCCGAGGAUACGCUGAAGACUGUUCUCGAGUUAUCCAAGCAGAUGAUAGCUGCCCAAAACUUACCCAAAGUGCUGCCCAAUCCAGGGUUUAAUGGAGCCUACUAUCAGCCCAUUUUGCAGCCUGUUUUUGUUUCUCCCCAAGGAAAUCCCUUCCAGCAGUAUUACGGCAUGCCACCUCCCUUAAAUCCACAUUAUAUGCAGCACAAGAAGCAUUCUUCUGGAGGAAGUUCCUCGGGAAAUGGCUAUAAUAAGCCCAGCACUACCAUCAUCCACAACAAUGUGAUACCCGUGCACUUAUCGAGCACAAGUUCGGGUGAAAAAGAGGUACUGGACUCAUAUGGCAACAGUUUGGGGGUAUAUCCCAGCAUGGACAAGCAUGUCACCCCCAAUCAACCCAGUGGAAUGGAGUACAUGACCACAGCCAGGCCCCUUUCGGUUACGACUGCGGCCAGUACGUAUUCCUCACAGUAUGGAUCCCAGUCCCCGUUUGCCAGUGAUUACACCUUGACCACUCCGCGACCCUUUGAACAGCAACCCUCGGCCGCCACCGUGGCCACCUACUACACACCGAGUCCUCAUCUGGGGGAGCACAAUGCGAAUAGGGUGUACCAGCCCACGGAGAGCUAUCCCACGAUGAACAUGCCCAGGCCCAUGAAUAUGUUUCCUGGACAAAUCGAGGCGGACAGGGUGAGCAUACGACCCAAUUCGCAGAAAAUCGAAAGCAUGGAGAUGGACGAAGAUAUGAUUAAGGCCAACUAUCAGAGUGGUGGUGGCUCGGGGAAUGCGAAUGGCAAUGGGAACACUCUUCCUCACGUACUGACCUACAGCAGCGACAUGAGCCAGCAAUUAGCACCUGGCAAUGGAUAUCUGGAGCAGAGUUAUAACCACCAGCAGCAGCAGCACCAGCAGCACCAUCAUCACCCAUAUAUGCCCAGGCCCACGAUGAGCAGCAGUAUUUAUAGUGAUUCGGAUGGCCAUAUGGAGAUGAGCAUGUUCACCAGUGGUCCGAAUCUAAACUCCUACAAGGGGGAUAGCCUGAAGUACCCGGAGAGUAACUCCCCAAAUGGCCAACUCGUGAACUUCAAUGGCAACUUUAUCAGCCUGGAUGUCUUCCAGAAAUCCAUACUCCCACUGAUGACCAAGUCGUCGUCGGCAUUGAACGAGCUGGGCAAUGUGGAGGUCAUCACCUGCCAGGCGGGAGUAAGGCAGCCCAAUCAAACGGACUGCACGCGCUACUUUGUUUGCAGCAAAAAGGAUGGCAAGGUCCUGUCCUACUCCUGUCCUCCCUACACGGCAUUCAAUAAGCAAACCAGGAUCUGCGAUGCCCCCACUUAUGCGCAGUGCGGUAAUGUGAUGCCUGCCUUCAGUGGCUAUACCAUAGAUAGCAAUAGACGCCUCCAGAUGGAGGCCAUCAAGAUGCUGAGUGAGGCAAAGAGAAGGCAGGAGGCUGCCUUGAAGGCGCAGAGUAUUGCCAAUCUGUUGCAGCAAUAUGGAAACAGUCAGCAGGCAGGAAAUGGCAUCUCGCCGAACAUAGAAAGCGAUCCCCUCGACUCCUAUGCGGUUAAUCUGCCGGAGGUUAGCUUAACCACCACCACCAGCAGACCCAUUAUCAUCCAGAGCAACGAUGGUUUGGUUGGUGGAUCAUCAGCUCCCGCAAAGAAGAGGAAGUACUACUGCAAGGAGGGCGACAAGAUCCCCGAUCAGACCUCCAUUUCCAGCUAUUUCGUGUGCUACAAGAACGCCCAGGGUCAGAUGAAGGGCCACAAGAUGAGCUGCUCCAAGAGCCUGCUCUUCUGCCCCAAAACACUCAUGUGCACCCUUGCAUCCAAGUGCACCGACUAACGCUAAAUUGCAGAGAAUUUUUCCAAAUUUGCCACCUAAUGUUACUUGUCUAGAUGCUAAGUUAUUUAUUCUAGUUUUAGUUGAGACCGAAACGAGAUCCAUUAAA